AUGCAAAUCAGGUAUUACAGAAGGGAUACGAAGCACAGCUGGCAAAAAGGAUGGGACACAGGGCCGGAUUCCCAUGAUUAUUUCACAAACAAACGACGUCGACGACAGACGAUGGUCACGGACGAGGACAAUGCGACAAUAGAGCGCAUGGUGAGCGAGGGCAAGUCGGCCAUGGCGAUACGCGCCGCCGUGCCCAGUGUGUCGCGCACCAAUGUCUAUCUCAAGAUUGCAAAGUUCAAGAAGCACGGCACUGUGGGUCGCGUACAGACAAAGACUCUGGGCAGGCCACGUGCCAUGAGCGAAGGUGUCGACAAGUUUCUGCAGGGCCUGCUCGCUGCCAAACCCGACAUGGAGCUCGACGAGAUGCGCCGCCAUCUGCAGAAGGAACUCGAACUGACCGUGUCCAUGUCGACCAUCUCGCGCGCCAUCGCCCGAGCUGGCAUCGCCGCUGGUCAGAGGCCUGUCCGUACGCGUACAACUACAUCGUCAUCUAACGCUGUCCCUCGCCGUCGUGCUGCCAACAAGCCCAUCGUCCAGAAAGACGCCGUCCAGCAAAUCACACAGCAGCCUUCUGUUCCUCCGCCUCUCCAUGUCCCGGCACAUGUCCCCAUCGAUCAUCUCACCGACCUGCCUGCCGAUGCCCACCUUCUUGACCCGUGGCAGGACUUGACUGUACCUCCAUCGCAGCACCCUCAUCACCAUCCACAGCUGCAACCACACCACAUGCACGCCCUUGAUCCUGCUCUUACUUCGGCGUAUCACUCUGCUGCUGUCUACCACCACCUGUACGCCGAUCCCGAUCCCCAUAUCAUGGCCAUGGAUCCUUCUCCCUUAGACGACUACAGAAGCCCAUAUGCUCCUCUCUGA